GCAUUGCUGAAGUAUUCCGAUGUUUUAUUUGUAUGGAGAAAUUGCGUGAUGCACGUCUGUGUCCUCAUUGUUCCAAGCUGUGCUGUUUCAGCUGUAUUCGGCGUUGGCUGACUGAACAAAGAGCUCAGUGCCCUCAUUGUAGAGCCCCGCUGCAGCUCCGAGAGCUCGUGAACUGUCGGUGGGCAGAAGAGGUCACGCAACAGCUUGAUACGCUUCAACUGUGCAAUCUCACAAAGCAUGAAGAAAACGAAAAAGACAAGUGUGAAAAUCAUCAUGAAAAGCUCAGUGUUUUCUGCUGGACCUGUAAGAAAUGUAUCUGCCACCAGUGUGCGCUUUGGGGAGGAAUGCACGGAGGACACACUUUUAAGCCACUGGCAGAAAUCUAUGAGCAGCACGUCACAAAAGUAAAUGAAGAAGUGGCAAAGCUUAGGAGAAGACUCAUGGAAUUGAUCAGUUUGGUGCAAGAAGUGGAGAGGAACGUGGAGGCAGUGCGUAGCGCCAAGGAUGAACGAGUUCGGGAAAUCAGGAAUGCAGUGGAGAUGAUGAUUGCCCGGUUAGACACUCAGCUGAAGAAUAAGCUUAUCACAUUAAUGGGUCAAAAGACAUCGCUUACUCAAGAAACUGAACUUCUGGAAUCCCUGCUUCAGGAAGUGGAACAUCAGUUACGAUCCUGCAGUAAGAGUGAGUUGAUAUCCAAAAGUUCAGAGAUCCUGAUGAUGUUCCAGCAGGUUCAUCGGAAGCCUAUGGCCUCAUUUGUCACUACUCCUGUCCCCCCAGACUUCACAAGUGAAUUGGUUCCAGCCUAUGACUCCACUACAUUUGUCUUGGAAAACUUCAGCACAUUGCGUCAGCGAGCAGAUCCCGUUUACAGUCCCCCUCUUCAAGUGUCAGGACUUUGCUGGCGGUUGAAAGUUUAUCCAGAUGGAAAUGGAGUAGUACGGGGCUACUACCUGUCUGUGUUCUUGGAGCUGUCAGCUGGAUUGCCGGAGACAUCCAAGUAUGAGUACCGUGUGGAAAUGGUUCACCAGUCCACCAACGAUCCCAGUAAAAACAUCAUUCGAGAGUUUGCCUCUGAUUUUGAAGUUGGAGAAUGCUGGGGUUACAACAGGUUCUUCCGUUUGGACUUGCUAGCCAACGAAGGCUAUUUAAACAGGCAAAAUGACACUGUAAUCCUAAGGUUCCAAGUGCGUUCUCCAACCUUCUUCCAGAAGUGCAGAGAUCAACACUGGUACAUUGCUCAGUUGGAAGCUGCUCAGACAAGUUAUAUCCAACAAAUAAAUAACCUGAAAGAAAGACUUGCGAUUGAACUUUCACGGACUCAGAAAUCGCGAGGCGUUUCACCCCCAGACACUCAUCUUAGUCCCCAGAAUGAUGAUGGCCCAGAAACAAGAUCAAAGAAAUCUGGACAGAGCACCGAAGUACUGCUGGAGAAUGUUGCCGCUCCAGGAUUAGUGCGAGAUAGCGAGGAAGAGAAAAUCCAGCAUGAAGACUUUAAUCACGAUCUCUCCGAUGGUGACCUGGAUAUAGAUCUUGCUGGAGAAGAUGAGGUGAACCAUCUUGAUGGUAGCAGCUCUUCAGCUAGUUCCACAGCAACUAGUAACACCGAAGAAAAUGAUAUUGAUGAAGAAACUAUGUCUGGAGAAAAUGACGUGGAAUAUAGCAGUAAUAUGGAGCUGGAAGAAGGAGAUCUCAUGGAGGAUGCAGCAGCUGCUGCUACUCCUGGAGCAUCAGGUACCAGCCACAGCUACACCAGCGCCAGAGGAAGACCUUCAAGGCGUGGAGGAAGUGCCCUCGGGUCAACAGCCAGUAGCAGUUUACUAGACAUAGAUCCCUUAAUUUUAAUCCACUUGCUGGAUCUGAAAGACAGAAAUGGCAUGGAAAACCUCUGGGGCCUUCAGCCACGUCCAACUGCCUCUCUUCUGCAGAACAGAGCAUCAUCCUAUUCUCUGAAAGAGCGAGAUCAGCGGAGGCACCAGGCCAUGUGGCGUGUGCCACCUGACUUGAAGAUGCUGAAAAGGCUUAAAACUCAGAUGGCUGAAGUUCGCAGCAAAAUGUCUGAUGUGAAAAACCAGCUCUCGGAAGUGAGAGGCAGCAGUGCUGGCUCGUGUGAUGGACAACCCAGCUUCUUCUCCAUUGAGCAGGGGGCUUUAGCUGCCUGUGGAACAGAAAGCUGCAGUAAGCUGCAAGAAAUAGGAAUGGAACUACUGACAAAGUCUUCAGUUACCAGUUGCUACAUACGGAACCCUGGCGGAAAGAAAAGUAAUUCACCCAAACCCGUCCGCCCUGGAGCAGCAGGCAGCCUGUCUUUACGGAGAGCUAUGGACUGUGGCGACAGCAGCCUUCGCUUGAAGGGCGACAGUCAGGCUUCUGAAG